AGGGUGCCUCUGCCAUCUCGCUCCCUCCCAGCGCCGGCCCCGCCUCCCCAGCCCUUGUUGUUUUGGCUGGAAGCGCUCCGGAGGAGUUUCAGAGAAAGUCUGGGCAGAAGCUAGAGGCGACCGAUCGUGGGAAGGGGAGGCAGAAAGGCCAGAAGGAGGAGGGCUGGAGCCCGGGCCGCGCCUCCCCGAACCCGCCGCGCGCCCCCGGGGUGGGGGAGGAGCGCAGGGGACGGGACAGAGGGGUCCCUCCCCAGAGCAGAGCCGCCCUGAGCUUCGUCCCUGCGCUGAUCCCCGCCCUCAUCCGAGGCUGGUGCGCAGACCCACCCUCCUGCCGCGGACCCGCGACCUCCCCGACGCCCGGCGACGCCCCGGUCCUCGCCGCUGGUCCCCGAACUCUGUAGGCGGCUCGGGACCUGCCCCUGAGCCGGCUGCCACCCGGACGCCGCACGCCUUUCCAGGCGCCCUUUUCCGAGCAGAGGGAAGAAGAUCGAGCCCCUCUCAGUGUGAAAGCGCCAGCGGGCGGAGCGGAGCGGAGCGGACACCGCGCGCGGGCAUUGUGUGUGCGCGUGCAGCGUGGGGUCCGCAGCGGGGAGAGACCGCGGGAGGUCCGGUCCUCAAGGGGCGGAGCGCAGGGUUUCCAGCUCCCGGCUCCCUGUCCGGGCAGAGUCCCAGCCGAGCCCGACCGCUGCCUAGGCGGCGGGACGGUGCGCCUGGCGGCCAGGAGGGUGCACUGAAAGAAGGCCGGAGAGACCUGGUCCCCGCGGUUCCCGAUCGGGUUCCUCUUCGGUCCGCGGAUCUGCGGGAGAGAGGUUCGAUCGCCAGCACAGGGCGCGGGGAGCCGGGCCGCCCCGUCGGGGGAAUCUGCGACGUCCUCUGGGCUGCGUGUGCUCGCUGUGCCCGGAGCGCGUCCGCUGUGUCCACCAACCCCUCCGGUGCCUGGUCCUCCAGCCCUCACGGCGUGCACCAUGAGCGGCGGCGAAGUGGUUUGCUCGGGAUGGCUCCGCAAGUCCCCCCCGGAGAAGAAGUUGAAGCGUUAUGCGUGGAAGAGAAGGUGGUUUGUGUUGCGCAGUGGCCGUUUGACCGGAGACCCCGAUGUCCUGGAGUAUUACAAAAACGAUCAUGCCAAGAAGCCUAUCCGGAUUAUUGAUUUAAAUUUAUGUCAGCAAGUUGAUGCUGGGUUGACAUUCAACAAAAAGGAGUUUGAGAACAGCUACAUCUUUGAUAUCAACACCAUCGAUCGGAUUUUUUACUUGGUGGCAGACAGUGAAGAAGACAUGAACAAGUGGGUCCGUUGUAUCUGUGACAUCUGUGGGUUCAAUCCCACAGAAGAAGAUCCCGUGAGGCCGCUGGCCAGCUCCUCACAAGCACCUGCUGAUUCACCGUUCGCCAUAAAUACAGCACCAGCCUCCACCCACAUGGAAGCAUCUUCAGUCGCGCUACCUCCCUCUUACCAACUCAUCAGCCUCCCACCACACCCAGACACUCUCGGCCUCCAGGAGGAUCCACAAGACUACCUCUUGCUGAUCAACUGUCAGAGCAAGAAGCCUGAACCCACCAGAGCCCAUUUUGACUCUGCCAAGCCCACCUCUUCUGAGACAGACUGCAAUGACAACGUCCCUUCCCACAAGCCUCCUGCUUCCUCCCAGGGCAAACACGGAAUGAACGGCUUUUUUCAGCAGCAAAUGGUGUAUGACUGCCCACCACCACGGGUUACAUCUGUCUCUGGAGAGUCCGGCCUCUAUAACCUGCCCAGGAGCUACUCCCAUGACGUGCUACCGAAGGAGUCCCCGUCAAGUACCGAGGCAGAUGGAGAGCUUUACGUUUUUAAUACGCCGUCUGGGACUGCAAGUGUAGAAGCUCAGAUGAGACAUGUGUCUAUUAGUUACGACAUUCCGCCAACACCUGGCAACACUUACCAGGUCCCACGGACAUUUCCAGAAGGCACACUGGGACAGUCAUCGAAGCUGGACACUAUUCCUGACGUCCCCCCACCUCGGCCACCAAAGCCACAUUCAACUCAUGACCGGUCUCCUGUGGAGACGUGCGGAGUGCCACGCACGGCGUCAGACACUGACAGCAGUUACUGUAUCCCUCCGGUAGGCAUGCCGCCCUCCCGGAGUAACACCAUUUCCACCGUGGAUCUGAACAAGUUACGGAAAGAUGCUGGUUCUCAAGAUUGCUAUGAUAUUCCACGGACCUUCCCGAGCGAUAGAUCCAGUUCCUUGGAAGGCUUCCAUAACCAGUUGAAAAUCAAGAAUGUGCUGGCUGCGGGAAAUGUCUCGGGCGAAGAGCUGGACGAGAACUACGUUCCCAUGAACCCCAACUCUCCACCGCGCCACCAUCCCAGCAGCUUCGCUGAGCCGAUUCAGGAACCAAACUACGUGCCAAUGACCCCUGGGACCUUUGAUUUUUCUGCGUUUGGGAUGCAAGUCCCUCCUCCUGCUCAUCUGGGCUUCAGGUCCAGCCCAAAGACCCCUCCCAGGAGGCCAGUUCCUGUUGCUGACUGUGAACCACCCCCGGUGGAUAGGAACCUCAAGCCAGACAGAAAAGGUCAAAGUCCUAAAAUUUUAAGACCUAAACCCCAUGGCUUAGAGCGAACUGAUUCACAAACCGUAGGUGGCUUUGCUACAAGGAGAAAGGUUAAGCCGGCACCUUUAGAAAUCAAGCCUCUGUCAGAGUGGGAGGAGCUGCAGGCCCCAGUCAGAUCCCCCAUCACCAGGAGCUUCGCUCGGGACUCCUCUAGGUUUCCCAUGUCCCCUCGGCCUGAUUCUGUGCACAGCACGACAUCGAGCAGUGACUCCCAUGACAGUGAAGAGAACUAUGUCCCCAUGAACCCAAAUCUGUCCAACGAAGAUCAGAAUCUCUUUUGCAACAACGGCCUCGAGGGGGCGAGCAGCCCUCUGACCAAACCCAAGGGAGAUAAACAAGUCGAGUACCUGGAUUUAGACCUAGAAUCUGGGAAGUCCACACCGCCACGGAAGCAAAAGAACAGUGGUUCGGGCAGCAGCAUGUCUGACGAGCGGGUGGAUUACGUCGUGGUGGACCAACAGAAGACUCUGGCCCUGAAGAGUACCAGGGAAGCUUGGACGGACGGCAGGCAGUCCACGGAGUCCGAGACACCCACCAAGAAUGUGAAGUGAAGCCGCACGGUCGCCGCUGCUGACAGAAGGAGCUGGGGAGGAGAGGUGCCAUCGAAGAAGCUUCCACUCUGUAGCAGCGGCAGAGGAAAGGACCUCACACAUGUUCACGUGAAUUAGGUUGUGAAUGGUGCUGCGUGGUAUUGAGUCUGUAACCUGUAAAUAACCUGGGGAAAUAGUGUUUUAGCUCACCCAGAAGCAUCUGUCCCUAGUUAACCUGUAGUAUAGGACACUGACGCACUUUCCAUGUAAAACCUGGGUUUGGAUCUUCCCGAGGGACCUUGGAAGAAUCUCCUCAGGAGGUCUCCCCUCCUCACACUACUCCAUGUAACAGUUCUAAGUAAACUGAGCAGCUUUAGUUCUGGAAAUUCCAGUUGAAGCUACAGGGCUAACACCAUUAACACAAGAAGUGGGUUCACAAAUUUGCUUUUCCUUUAAAGGUGGUACCCAUGAGCCUAAGCUAUAGAAUAUAGUUGGACUUGCUCUUCAUUGUUUUCAAAAAUUCCGGGGAUAAUGUAUAUAUUGGUGUCAAGACCUAGUUCCCUGACUCAUGUACACGUAGGUUUUAAUAAUAGGACUUUGUUAUGUUAUUUUUUUGUUGUUGUUAAUUACAGUGUCUUGGGUUCAUCGUGUGAAGGUUCUGCUGGGUAGGAUCUCGCACCUUUAAAAAACUGCCUCUUAGUUACCCUAGUAAGCCCACAAAUGUCCACAGCAUGGAUCGGUGAGCUCUUCUUAUUCCUGUUCACGUGCAUUAAACAUUGUUUGCAAAAGGCAGAUUGUAUGACUGACUAAUCAGGUACGUCCAGGGCGCUGAUGUGCUAAUACAGUGACCAGGUUAGACCAAGCGCUUCAGUUAGGUGUUCGUUAAUCCUCAUCUUGGCUUAGAGUUAAGGAAACAGUUGGCACUCUGUCAGUUGCAGCAACAUACUGUGAUUUUGAAUGAGUUAGACAGUAAUUCAAGAUUACCACUCUUAGGAAUGAGACUCUCCCGACACCAUAGAGCCCUUCCUAUGGUUUUCUUUCUUUUACUUAAUAUUCUUCUUGGCCUUAUAUUUAAAUCCCUAUGCAAUUAAUGUUUUAUAUCUGCAUUUUUAGAAAAAGAAAUGUCAUUUUAAGUGAUUCUUGUAUGUAGCAAACACCUAUUGCUUUUGUGAGCAAAUUAAGAAUUUUGUACUGUGAUUUGUACUGCCCCAAUUCUCCAACUGUUGGAGCCUUGCUGUGCUGUGAAAGGCUGUAGUUGUGACCACCACCCAGCCAGAUCUCCUGAGACCACAAAGCAAUGGUGCGAGUCUCUCACCUGUAACGUGACAUCGUCAGGUGUAGACGUUGACUCAGUUAGUGUCAUGUGUUACAUACACCUGUCUGUCUAGGUUUGUGAGAAGCAGCUAGCGUUUUCUAUUUUCACCCAAGUAAGUACAAUGUCUCUGCACUGAUCUGAGACUCACUGGUGGCUUGGGGAGGGGACACAGAGAACAGAAUGUCUAUAGCAGAGGCUGGUCUCUCUCCGUUCAGACCUCUUAACUGUUGCCUGAGUACACAAUGUGCCCUGCUUUCUGGCCCACUGGCCACCGUACUGUGCCUAAUCUGUGUUCUCUGCUUGCUUUUCCAGUCAGUCCACAAGCUGUGUUCAUAACUAGAUGGAAUGUAGAAUAGUUAACAUUAGAUGCUUUUAAAUGUUUGCUUCUUUUUAAACAAAAACUAAAACCCAGAACUGAAUUUUGAGGUGGAUUUUUAAAUAAUAAAAAAAGGUUGUUUGA